AUGAAUUUAUCCUUUUGGAAUAUUAGGGGAUUAAACAAGUCCCCUAAACAACAUCUGGUCAGGCAACAUAUUGUACAGAAUCACCUCUCUUUCAUUGCAUUACUUGAAACAAAAAUCAAUAAGGUAAAUUUACCAGCUAUCACAAAAAAAAUUGCCAUCAAUUGGAAAUGGAUAUCUAAUGUGACAGACACAGACAAGGCCAGAAUUCUGAUAUUAUGGGAUCCUGAUAUAUGGAAUAUCCAAGUUGACUUUACUUCUUCUCAGCAUAUUACUUGUUCUGUCAAUUCUAUAGAUGGAAGGAUAAACUGCAUUAUCUCUUCAAUCUAUGGCCUCAACCAUCAGGAAUCUAGGAAAAUCCUAUGGACAGAUCUCCUUCAAAUGCAUCAAAAAGCUGGAAACACCCCAUGGCUUCUUUGUGGGGACUUCAACACAAUGAUCAAUGCUGAUGAAAAAAUAGGAGGAAUAGCUCUUACUGAUGCAGAUACUCAUGAUUUCAAUUCUUUCAUUGAUAAUAGUAAUCUCCUGCACCUAAAAACUCUGGGCUGUUUCUUUACCUGGAGCAACAAACAAGAUCAAAACUCUAGAAUCUGGUGCAGACUUGACAGGGCACUUGUAAAUGAAUCAUGGAUUGACAAAUAUAACUCUAGUCAUGUGGAAUAUCUUCUGCCAACCUCCUCAGAUCACUCCCCAGCUUUGAUCAAAAUUUAUGAAGAGGAAAAGCAAGGGAAAAAACCUUUUAAGUUCUUUAAUAUGUGGACUAAGCACAGCAGCUAUCUACACACAGUUAACUCUAUAUGGCAACUGAAGGUAAAAGGCUACACUAUGUUUUCAGUUGUUACAAAGCUCAAGCUUUUGAGAGGUGCUCUAAAGGAUUUGAACAGAAAACAUUUUGGCAACAUCAGUGAAAAAGUCCAAAGAGCAAAGUAUACACUUGAAGAUGUUCAAAAAAAGCUGCAGGAGGAUCCCUUCAAUCAAAUGUUCAUUAGUCAAGAAAAGAAUUGUCUAUCUGAAUAUAAUAAGCUAUUAAAUUGUGAGCUAUCCUUCUAUCAGCAAAAAGCAAGGAUCCAUUGGAGCAUAAAGGGGGAUAGAUGUACAAGUUAUUUUCACUCCAUCAUUAAAAGCAAUAGACAUCUGAACAGAGUAUCUGUACUAAAUAAUAGCAUGGGAGAAAGACUUACUGAGGGAGGGCAAAUCAUUAAUGAGUUCAUUUCUUAUUAUAGGAAUCUGAUGGGUACUUCAGUUCCUUCAUCCUCUCCAGACAUUAGAAUUAUUUAG